CCAUUGCCUGCAGAAGAGGCAUACAGGCAUGUGGUUGGCAGUCAUAUACAUGACAUCUCCAAGUGGAAAAAAAUUCCUCUAUAUGAUUCAGAAAUGGCGAGUAAGGGGGCAAGUACACAACUUUAAAUUGAUCAUGGUUGGUGAACCGGUUCUGGACCAGAGCAGCCUGAUGGAAACUAACAUUAUCCCAGAAAACAACAAAUCCUGUACAACUGCAUCUUGAAGUGCAUCUUGAAGUGUGAUUAUGUGUUGCGCAUUAUAGGGACCCAGUUUGGCAUGAUGGUGCAGUAGCCCUCGAAGACCUAUGGCAGCACACAAUGUGAUAUUUCCCCUGCACUGCCCCAGGACGUGCACAAUUGCCUUUUGGCCAAUUAUAUUACGUCCCUGUCAUCUGUUUUUGCUACCACGUCCUCCUCUCUCUUUCUGUCUUCCUCUGCCUCUAGCUCUCCCUGGCUCCAUGCUUGCAAAGUUCUCAGAAUGGCUUAACUGAGGCCUUUUUGUAGCUGGCUGGUGUUCAGUAAGUAAGUAUUUUAGGUGUGUGUCUAUGUCUUUUCAAUUAACCAAUGUGUGUUGUAUUUUGAAUAGAUGUGUUUUCCCAAUGGUAUCCUGAGAUUUCAUUUUUGAACUAAGUGUCUUAUGUAUGAAAUAGUGUGAAGUGUCUAGGAGCAAGUGUGUUGCAGAAAGGAGCAAGUGUGUUACAGAAUUGCAACUAAAGUGCAAAGCAGCGCUUUUGUUUAAGGUAUGGUUACACUUUGUUUAAGGUAUAGUAACAACAACUUCAAGUUAUGUUACUUUGGUUUAAGCAUGUGUCUAUAGUGUUCAAGCAAUGAACAAAAACUGUAAUUAAUGUGUAAUAUUGUAGCCUGUCAUUCCUUUUCUUCAAUGUCCUCAGAAUUUUAUGAUCCCUGGAUUGUGUUUGAGAGCCAAUCCUGCAAAGUGGAAUCAGGCCAGUCUACUGGAAAGAACCUAAAAAAACCUUGACAUGGAAAAUGGCAGGAGGAUAGCAGAAUGUCAAAACCAUCAUCCAACGUCAAAGCCCUACAGGCAAAUCUGAAUAUCCCAAUGGGAGCGCUACGUCCAGGAGGGGGUCAUCCUGUCAAAAGGAGAGAGGAGUCUGUAGACAAAGAGGAGGCUCCUCCCCUGCCAAGUACACCAGAAGAGAAGAAACCAUUGGCAGGGGCCAUGAAACUUCCUGGUCCAGCCGUCAACCUGUCAGAGCUACAGAACGUCAAAAGUGAACUACGAUGGGUCACCAAAGACUAAUACACACUGGAUUCACAACAAACACAUCAUACCACUAAUCGAACCACUCUACAUCUACUUCUGGUGGACAACAACUACCACCCCAUAUUUUCUACUGAUGGACUACAUCUACCACCCAUCAUCUAUUACUAAUGAACUACAACUAUACUGAUGAACUACUACUAACAUCAUGCAAUUUCUACUGAUGGACUACAACUACCUUCAGGCACCUUCUACAGAUGAACUACAACUACCUUCAGGCAUCUUCUACUGAUGAACUACAACUACCUUCCGGCAUCUUCUACUGAUGGACUACAACUACCUUCUGGCAUCUUCUACUGAUGAACUACAACUACCUUCUGGCAUCUUCUACUGAUGAACUAUAACUACCUUCCGGCAUAUUCUUCUGAUGAACUACCACUCUUAACAACUACAAAUGUUUCUGAAAAAUUGCUUGAAUCAACAAACUAUUUAGCAGAGGUGGGGGACUCGAGUCACAUGACUUGAGUCACAAUUUUCAGGACUUGUGACUUGCUUGAUUAAAGUAU